GAGAGGAGGUGACGGAGGGAGGAGAGAAGGAGGAGUGGAGAGUUCACCCCUCCACUUGUUAUCAGUUUGUUCCUCCUUCUUGGCCACACACUGACAGAGUCAGAGACGCGGAGAGAGUGAGACAGAGGAAGAGUGUAUUCAUGUGUGUGAGAGGAAGAGGACCUCACUGAACGACUGCACACAUAUUCAUCAACAUGACAAAGAACGGUCCUGUUGCAUCCAUGGAUUACUCGCAUAUGUGGUUGCCAGGUAUGUGUCUGGAGUACCAGGGAGGUUGCCAGGUUGGUCUCUUCCGAGGUUUAUUGAUGGAUUCAUUAGAAAUGCAGGGACGUCUGAGGUCAUCAGGCCAAGAAGAUAUCAGAAUGUUAAAGCCAGUAGAGGUUGAGAAUCCGGCGGCAGACUCUCCGAUGGAGAGCACAGACUCCGAAAGAAACGGCUCAGAUUCAAAUAAUCAGGUUCAGCCGAUGAAAAUCAACCCUUUCUCACUUUCUCCCACACUGAGCAGCAGCCCCAAGACUAAGGUGGAGGAUUGUGGUGAGAUGUCUCCCGCUGCUAUACAAACUACACAUGCUCAGACGGCCCUUCCCCACACACAGCUGAUGCUAACGGGUGGUCAGCUCGCAGGGUUGACUGCACUUUUGCCAGCACAGCAACAGCUGCUUUUACAGCAGGCGCAGCUCCUCGCUGCAGCUGUGCAGCAGUCGCAUGCGGCCCACGCGGCCAAUCGACAGCAAGCCCAGCAGCAGGCCAGUCAGCACGCAGCUCAGCCGCAGUCGCAGGGCCAAUCGCAGGGAACACAGGAACAAACCGCCGCCCCUGUCCCGCCUCCUCCUCACCAGCUUUCCCUUUCUCAGCCAAUCCAGCUCACUGCGCAGGACAUUCAGCAGUUUCUGCAGCUGCAGCAGUUAGUCCUCGUUCCAGGACACACUCUGCCUUCACCCGCACAGUUUAUUUUACCACAAACACAGCAAGGGCAGCAAGGGCUGCUAUCAACGCCAAAUCUAAUUCCACUACCUCAGCAAAACCAAGGAAGCCUGCUGGCCGCUCCACCCAGACUUAGUCUUCAAGCACAGAGAGAGAAGGUUGCAGACAGCAUCGUGAACACAGUGACCUCUCAUCCUGAGGAGCCCAGUGAUCUGGAGGAACUGGAGCAAUUUGCCCGCACAUUCAAACAGAGAAGGAUCAAACUGGGCUUCACACAGGGUGAUGUUGGAUUGGCCAUGGGGAAGCUCUAUGGGAAUGAUUUCAGUCAGACCACGAUCUCUCGCUUUGAGGCGCUUAAUCUCAGCUUCAAGAACAUGUGCAAACUCAAACCUCUGUUGGAGAAGUGGCUGACUGACGCAGUGGAAGCCAACAUUCUUCAAAAUAUCUUCUGUUAUAUUCCACAGAAGAAAGAAAGUCAUACAGAAACAAUGUCAAUGGACAGCACCUUGCCAAGUCCCAGUGCUCUUUCCUCUCCUUCCCUGGGGUUUGACGGCCUGCCGGGCCGCCGUAGAAAGAAACGCACCAGCAUUGAGACCAACAUCCGUGUCGCUCUGGAACACAGCUUCAUCACGAACCAGAAGCCUACCUCAGAGGAGAUCCUACUGAUCGCCGAGAAGCUCAAUAUGGAGAAGGAGGUGAUCCGUGUCUGGUUCUGCAACCGCCGACAGAAAGAGAAACGUAUUAACCCCUCCAGUGCCACCCCUCCCUUGCCCAGCCAACCCCAGCCCACCUCGCACAAACCCCCCUGCUACAGCCCGCACAUGAUGCCCAGUCAGGGACCAUCACAGACAGUGAGCAGUCUCAGUACAGCAGUGACCACUAUGUCAUCGGUUUGCCCUUUGACCCCAAGUGGCCCCUCCCUAAGCUCUGCACCAUCUCCUGUAACCCCGCCUCCUCGCAGUGAUGCCAGCCCCGCCCCUCCAACUCACAGUACACUAAGUCUGAACACAGGUUCAUGGCAUAAAAAGAAUGGUGACGUUUCUAACUACAUCAAUGACUUUGCUGCAAGUUUGAGGAAUACGGUGAGGGGAGUUAAAACAGGAAUCAACCAAGCUCUUCUUGGCAGCAACCCACUUGCUACUAUACAAGCCCUAGCAGCCAGUGGUGGCCAGCUGCCCAUUUCCAGUCUUGAGGGCAGCAGCAAGGUGUUAAUUUGUGGUUCUGGAGGCCAAGGAGCAGGUCUUCCCUCUUCCCUCUUUCUCAACCACUCCUCUUUGUUGCCAAGGGCAACAGGCACCAGCAUGGGAUUGGGCGGUUCAGCUCUUGCCAAAACCUCAUUUCCUGUCACAGGCGGCAUGAGUCCCUCCCCUUGCUCGAGCCCAAUCUCUUCCUGCUCUUCAGGCGAAUUGCUACACAGCCCACACUCGAUAGGAGGGGCUAAAAUCGAGUGACGUUGCCCAAGACCAAUCACAAGAGGAGGAGAAGGAGGAGAUGAAACCUUACCUGUCAACCAAAGCAUCUCUUGAUCCCCUCGCUCCCUUUCGGUUCCUCUCAUUCUCACUCUCUCUCUUCCACUCUCCCACUCUACUGAUGCCAAAAAUAUAUAAAGAGUGGAAGAGGGGAGAGAUGGAGAGACGGAGUGGAAGGAGGAAGGAAGAGGAGGGGAGAGAAAAUGAAACCAAAAAAACACCACGCGGCUUAGCGGGACAGUUAAAUAAAUAAAAGGAGAAAAAAAUUAAAACUGUAGUGCAGUUUCAAGAUAAUGAAGACAUCCUUGAGCAACAAAAACAUAGAAAAAAAAAGAAUGAACUUCACUGUGUGUUAUAGAAAAACUGCAACUCUUUGAAGCAAACAUGUGAAGUACUGAAUACCAAAUAGUAUGAUGGAACUCUGAGAGACUCGCUAUGACAAACAAAUACAAGCAUACCAAAUACCAAAAACAAACACCAAAAAUACGGAUGGAAAAGCUUUAUCCAAAGGACCUGUAAAUAGCCAACCGUCCAGGACCAGACCCAGUGACAACAAUCCAGCCAUCUCUGAGCUCAUCAUCAUCUUUCAUGUUUUUUUUUAUUAUGUAAUGUUAAAAUGUGAUCGAGCCGGACCCAAACGCUGUUGUGAUUCUCUGGAUCGUCCACAUUCUAGUCGAUUUUUAUUCUCAGAAGUAGCAGAUAUUUACAUCAGUCUUUUUUGCAUCUAUGAUCAUCAUCAUCAUCAUCAUUCCAUGUCUUAUUCAGCAUAUCAAGAGGAUUGUGUGUUUGGCCUUUGAUGUUUAUCAUAUAAGCACUGCAUAGCUUAAUGCACUUGUUUGUCCGAUGACAUGAAUGUCAUAUAGUAUAAUAAAAGUGAGAACAAGCUCCUCUCUAGCUUUCACGCCUCAAGUUGAGUGUAAAUAGUUUAAUUUCUCUCUUAAUAAUUGUGCUUGUAUACUUCCUCAUUCCAUUUCAUGCCUCCCUCAGUCACUUUCUCCCUUUUGAAUACCAAAGCGAUUCAUUCAUUCAUGAUCAGUUCAUCAUUCUCAUGAUGCAGAAUGAGAAGGAGGUGGGCUUACCUUGAUGAGGCUACUCUGGUAAGACAGCAUGGCAACAUGGGAAACGUGUGGAAUCUGUCACGACGAAGGGGCUCCCCUCCUCUCUGCUGCUUCUACAAGCCAACUUCACAGCCAGCCAAACUCCCCGUAAAGGAAAACCAAAAACAAACCAAGCCAAAAAUAAAAAAUGGAUGGAGGAGCAAAGUGCGUCGCUGUACAGAAAAAAAGAGCAUCCGCUCAUGCACCUCUGGACUAAGGUCACCCAGAACCAUGUAGCAAGGGAUGCGCCUCUGCCUCCUGUCAUUCAGACUCUUCCUGGUCCUGGGUGGUGGGAUCUUUGAUGACCUCACUGGACUCAUCUGAAGAAGAUGUUUCGGGUUCAUUUGGGGGUUGGGAGGGUUGUUAAUUUUGGUCCUUCGUUCCCGUUUGUCUGCUUUGUGGGACUUUUCUUGGCUAUGUGUGUAGAUUUGUGUGCAUUCAUUUGGGGAAAAGGUAUUCACGUUUUUGCAGGAAUCUCAUUUUUUUAUGUUUCUUACUUGUUCCUAUCUAGUUGUGUUAGAGACUCUAAUCAGGUGGUUGAAACAAUACUGUGAAAAAUUCAGUUCAACAGAUAAGAAACCAGGAUAAACACGCUCAAGUACAUCCAAAGAAUCAACGUCGAGUAUAAACAAGCUUUAAAGAGAACCAAAUAUUACAUACACAACAACUUACAUGGUCUCAUCCACCUUACCGUUGUAUUUAUAUUGUGCUGAAAUCUGUAGUCAGUGAGCGCUGCAGGUUCAACGAGGGAUACAUGACCUCAGUUCUCUGCGUUACUGUACAGUCUGAAUGGGUCAGUUAGUGCUUCAAUAGAUUUUGUAGUAAAUGAUCUAUGAUAUAAUGCUUACUAAUUGCUAAUGUAUGAAAAAAAAACAUUGUGAAAAGAUAAAAAAUGUUGAUAUUUACUUAGACCAAAAAUUCACACUAUCUCUCUUUUGGGUUUUCUUCCUCCCCCAUUUUAAGACAUUGAUUUCUUUAUUUAUUCUCCUCUUGCUUGUUUGUGAAUUUUCUUAAAAAAAACUUUUUUAUUAUUAUAUUUAUUUAAUAUAUUCCAGAUACCAAUUUUGUAGUGGGUGUGUUUGAGGCACCAGAUUGUAUUCAAAUGUAAACUUCCUUUGCCAAGGCGACCUUUCAAACCAAAUCCAUUGACAAAUGCAACCGUCGGUCCAAAUUGACCGGCCGCUAAUCGACAUCCCUAUGGGCGAAGACUUGUCUUUGCGACCUCUUAGCUGUUCCUUACUGAACAGAGCCUGUGGGGGGAAACAUAUCAGGGGAAAAAGCAGCACUGUGUUACUUCUGCUCAAAUGUUUCUGCAGCAUUCUUUCAAUGCUGAAGUAACCAUACAGAGUAAAAGCAUGCACUGCCAUUGCUUAGAAGGGAUAAGGUUGUAUAGGAACGUGUAUUGUAUCUGUACAUACCUGUCUCACAACUGCUGAUGUUACGGAUGUUGUUGCUAUGGUUACUGUGGUGAUGGCUACUGCAUGCAUGUGACAGCGUGGAGCACAGUGCUGCCGCGAGCCUUGACCUGAAAGCUUUAAACAGCUACAAAACCAAAAACUUUAGGAGAGGAAAGAUGGAGGGAUUUGGGGUUCCUGGAUAGAAAAUACAUCAAAAUGCAUGUAUUGUAUGACAGCUGAAAAGUAUCAGUGCUCCAUCUUUCUCUCUUUUUGCUCUCUCCCUCGCUCCUUCUCCUCUUUGUCCUAUUUAUAUUUUUGUAUUUAUUUCGUAGCAUGUCUGUUGUUCUGUCUCCUGGUUAUGGGGUGUAGAAGAGAGAUAGUUACUCAUAUAGCCCUACCUCAAUCUCUUAAUAAAAAACCAAAUAGAUAAAUGCUUUAAACAGAGAAGCGGGCUGCAUCCAUCAGCAGGGGCCGAGGAGAAGUGUUCUGAUCGGUCCAGGGAACAUUUAGACAAAAAAAAUGAGGAUGAAACAUUUAAAGAACUUUACUGAUGCUCUGGCAUGUUCACUCCCUCGGCCCCUGGGACCAUUUUUCCAGUCACCAAACACAGGGCAGGACACAUACAAACACCUUUUCAUGUAUGCACACUUAUUGUGCACGUGCAUGUAUGUAUAAGUCGGACAUGUGACUGAAGAGCAGGCGGUGACUGUUGUUGCUAGGUGACAAAUUGUAUAUCUUAAAACGCAGGAGUGGAAUAAAAGGGGAAGCCUUAUCUCUAGUUAUCUUUUCUCUAGCUUUCCUUCUCACGGUUACAUUCAGCCGCAGUUCCGGAUGUCUUAAAAAUGUAACGAGGACGAUAUGCAAGUAGUAGCACAGCAGCGUAAGGGAGCGUGUUUAAAGUGUGAGUCUCUCAGUGGCGCGAAUCUCCAGAGAAUGAUACCAAAGCAGCACGCUUCUCUGAGACCGAGCACAACACACACGCUCCCUAAAAUCAUGUAAACAAUCCUUGAGUUUGAUUCGCAGCGGUUUCUCAAUUUAUUCAUUAGUUCCAAUCGGAAAUGGUUAAAAAUUGACUGGAAAAUAAAAAUCAUAACAUUUCAAAAGGCCUGACCAAGGCGUUUUCAUUCUACGCUCUAAUUGUUGUUUUACAUGCUCUCUCUCAUUACAUAUUAUACAUUAAAUAUUAAUCAUAAUAAUAAUACAUAACAGCUUCAGUCCAAAGGUGUUUAAAAACACGUCUAGUUAAACCAAAGAGCUCCACUAACACAUCCUCAGCUGUUUUCUUUUGUCUCUUUUCCUGGUCACCUAGCAACCCAGUUUCUGAAGGUAUAACCUCAACUAUCCAAAGUAAAUAGAUCAUUAUGAAAUGUAUAUUUUUUAAUUUAUUAUUCGGGGGGAAAUCUUCAUGGUGGUGAUGAUGAUCUUAAAGAAAAUACUUGGUAUGUCUGUAAUGAAUUUCUGUUUCCGUUUUCAGGUGUUAGUGGUGUUAAUCUGUCCUCUGAAUCUUCUCCCUGAUUUCAUGUUCUGUGCGUAAAUGAGAGCGCGUGCGUGCGUCAUCUGUGUGUACAUAUGAUCGUGUGCGCGUGAACGUAUUUUACACUCUAAAAUUGGACAGAUAUACAGUUAUCUUGACAGAGUGGAUAUGUGCGUGAAUGUGUGCGUCAUUUUUGCUUGUUUAUGUACGUUGUCAUGUUUUCCCCCCCUUUUUCAUCCUUUUUUUUCUCACUCGAGUUGAGCAGUUCCUUUUUCUUCUCUUCUGUCCCUUCUCUCUUUUUCUCCCUAUGGUGACAGGUUAGCCUUUUGGUGUAAUUAUCUCUGAAACCAAAAAAUAGUUGACAAAUAACUCGCUUGUUCAUUGUACAGUGCUGUUCAUUUGAAGUCAUUUUUGUAACUGAAAGUGUUUCACUCAUCUGAAUAAAAUCGGUAGAGAAAAAGAA